UGGAUUAUGUGGGUGGACAAGAAAAUUCAGUACCGUGCAGCCCCUAUCUGGGGUUAAACGUGACGCAGGGAUGAAACUCACAAAAUAAAAUAACGUUAUUUCAUUGUUAAGUACACUAGCACUAGUUUUCUAAAUGUAACAAAAUAACAUUUUGUGCUCCAUGCAUUGCAAAAAUCCACUUGGAUUCGCAAUGUUUUUCUUUAUUCUUGGUGCAAUUUUUCUUGGAAUCAUGUCAAUUGAAUCCUUCGUUUACAGUUCUCUUGGGUCUAUUCCUGCGUGAUCUAACGAAGAAAAUGUGUGCAGCUCAAACACCUUGUUCCGACGGCAAGCACUGCCCACCACACUGGUUGUGCUGCAAGGAAGGAUGCUGUUCACCAGCCACUGUGAUACCUAGGCAUACACCAAGUACAUAUUAUGACGACCAGUGGUAUUUAUGGCAAAUACUAUCUCUAUUAGCAACAAUAGUUGGCUUAUUAACCAUCUUUCUAUGGUACCUGAUGUGGAAACGGAAUGGUGGAAUCUACAUGUGCUCUUUGUCUUGCUGCUUCCACCGAAAUGCUUCAGAGAGAGAUUCCGCGGGCUCAGUAUAUCCGCCGCCAAGAUAUAGUCGGUGUAGCUCUUUCCAUCAGGCGCCGCCGCCGUAUUCCGAAGUAACAUCAAAGCCAGAUCUAUAUCCCCUCGUAAUAACGUGUAAUGAAGGGGAGGGGAAGCCUGGUGGUAACUACCUUAUGGUUCACUACUUCAAGAACUACGUUAUUCGAGCACCCGGCUCUCUGUCCGCGACUAGCACAGCCGAGUCACUCAACUCAAGUUAUAUUUGCAACGCUGUUAACGAGGCUAACACAAUGGUCCCUCCGCCGUACUCGUGUGCGAGUAGUUACAACGAGUGUAGUAUGGGCUGCGGUCGAACAGUGUUGCGGUCGUUGACCUCGCUUGCUGAACCAAGGCGGAGGGAUUCCAACAACGCUACCUUUAGGGAUAACCUUAUCAACUCUCCAGUUCAGCCAAUGGAUCCAUCGUACGAUCUAGACUUAGAGCUCAUUGACUGUGAAAUGUACUGCGACGGAGGCUGCAAGCCGCGUCUAGGUGCAUCUCCUCCCUUACGCCAUUCGCACUCCAACUCCGAAGACACCAUCUUCGACCACGAAGCGUACGGCAUUCGACAUCUGUUCCCUUCACCUGAAGCUGGCACCUGUGAAUCUCCACCUCAGCCUACAAGUCCUACGCAAACCUCACGAGACUCCACUUUACGACGACUAAGCGAGGACCGACGCCUCAGACGACUGGACAUAGGAAAGAAAUCGUCUAGAACACGAAAAUCGAGCUUAUACAUGCCCCUAUCGGCCGGCUACACCGGAAGGACUUCGAGAAUUUCGCCGGGGACCAGAAUCUCUUCGCGAUCGGCCCCGGCCACGCCCUGCGGGGCUCUAGUCCCCAAUUUGUUGAACCUCACCCAGAGGGUUUCUGCUUCAAGACUGAGCUCGCGAUCUUCGAGACUGGAGGAAGAAAACGAUCCGUUAUUGGCUACUGAUACGGAAAAUCAAAUCUCUGAACACAAGUUUUAACACAGUAAGAAAGAUUGAAAAGUAUAGCUGUCUGUUCAUUUAGUAUUACGUAGACAGAUAUCUAGAGCACAUUUUGAUAAAAUGAAUAUUAAAUGGACUGAGCAUAUUGCAACAAACUCUGCGCGAACUCACUGAUAGAAGAGUAUUUAUAAAUGGGAUUUCCAGAAGUUACUAUGACAGAACCUUACACUAGUCUCUUCACGUCCGGUCUAUUCUAAAGCAUUAUUCUUAUGUCCCAAAAUAACAUAAAUCUUUUUACACUGUUUUAACUAAAUAGUUGACCUUUGUAUGCUGUAACGUAACGAUUUUCGAAUUCACUUGCAAACUUUGCAGCGCAGCGUUUCGUCGAUUUAUCGGCCAAAAAGUUAGGCGAAGUGAGUUAGAUGUAAUUCGAACACAGUUAAUCGUCCUUCAAUCGUUAAGAGUGUGCAUACAGAUUUAAAUAUUACUCAGAGUAUCAGAUUACGUAAAAUAAUAUGGGAAAUAAAAGUUCCUUAAAAUAUGGCCGCAUGUCAAAUAAACUAAAACAUGGCGCCAUUUAUAUAGAAUAUUCCAGAUGUGUACUUUUUAACACUACAACAAUUUAUAUUUACUACAAUUAAUUUUUCGUUUUUGUGUACUGACCGCUCUAUUACUAAAUCUAACCAAAACAUAUACAUAUAUGAACGGGCAGCUAACGAAUGGAUGGAUCAACUAAGUAAUUAAGAAUUAUUUAUUCCAUAUAUGGGUCAUUGAAUUAUUUGAGAUUGCCUUCAAGAUAAGACGAGAUCAAUUUGAUGUUGUGAUUGUAUUUGUAGGAUAUGCUCAUACGUUUACACUUCCAUGUAUGCUGAUUGGUACUUAACAGGAAAUUUGUCGUGUAUAAAAAUUUCCUUCUCAGAUUUUAUGUGAAUUUUUCCAAAUGAAACGGCGCUACAAUUUCUUAGUUUUUUUUUUAUAUUUGAAUUAUUUUACGACGCUAUAUGUAUGAAUUCCAAUCUAUUGUGUUUUCGUAAAUGGCAAUUACGAAACAUUAUUUUGUUGUAUAUUUAACUCAGCCUAACAUCUAAA